AUGUGCAUGCUGCGCUACAAAUGGUACCGCGGGUCUAUUCCCUCUCCCAUUAAUGAACAUAUCCCCGGCUGCGGGCACACAGAAGGAUGGAGAAUCGAACGCUGCGAGGAAGCCCGAGCUCGCUGCAGGGGUGCCUUUUGUGAGGACCCACAACCAGUCCUUCGCCUCGAAGACUCUUACACGAUGGGAGAUUGUCGUACAUGCCAGGGUCUGCGCCCUUUCAUCCCCCACGCCCCUCCAUUCCUCAACCCGGAGCAGGUCGAUGAUCCAGCAUACCGAGAACAAGAAAAGCGACGGAGGCAAGAGCAAGAGCGGCGAGAACAAGAACAGGAGCAGAGAGAACAAGAACAGGAGCAGAGAGAACAAGAAGACCUACGCCAGUAUGGACAUCAAAGUCAACAAGAACAAGAGAUUUAUCAGCAGGGAAUAGAUCGAUACGAACAAGAAAGGCUACGACAACGAUACGAACGACAUCGGCGAUAUCAAGAGCAAAAUCAAGAAUAUGCGCGACUGCAACUGCGAGAACAAGCACUCCUCCUCCGAAGACUGCAGCAACAGGACGAAGAGCAGUGA